AUGGGCAAUACAACUUCCAAUAUAGUAGAAGAGUUACUAGAAGAUACAAAUUUUAAUAAAGAUGAAAUAAGUAGACUAGAAAAAAGAUUUUCUAAACUAGAUAAAGAUAGUUCUGGUACUAUUGACAAGGCAGAAUUUAUGUCUAUUCCAGGUGUUUCAAAUAACCCUUUAGCCAGUAGAAUUAUGGAAUUUUUUGAUAGUGAUAAUAGUGGUGAUAUAGAUUUUCAAGAGUUCAUUACCGGAUUAUCCAUCUUUUCAGGUAAAAGUGGCAAGGAAGAAAAAUUGAAAUUUGCGUUUAAAAUCUACGACAUCGAUAAAGAUGGUUAUAUAUCGAAUGGUGAACUUUUUAUAGUUUUAAAGAUAAUGGUUGGUGAUAAUUUGGAUGAUGAACAGUUGCAACAACUAGUGGAUAGGACAAUCAUGGAAAAUGAUAUAGAUGGAGAUGGCAAAUUAACUUUUGAUGAAUUUAAAAAUGCUAUAGAAACCACUGAAGUCGCAAAUUCUUUAACUUUACAAUAUGAAAUAUAA